AUGACUGGCCUUCGUUUCAUUAACUGGUUAAAAGUUUUAGAUGAUCACAUCCAGAUUAAAUGUAGGCGCAUAAUUUUCUUCAUUGAUAACUGCCCCGCUCACUCUAAAGAUAUUGAACUAAAGAACAUCACGCUUGUUUUCUUACCUCCGAAUGCGACAAGCAAGUUGCAACCAAUGGAUCAGGGCAUUAUAAAAGUCCUUAAACAAGGCUACAGAACACGAUUGAUACAUCGCUACGUUCAAUAA